GAUUUGCACCAACUCGGUCAUCUCCCAGCAGUUGGGAGUGCAGGAUAUCCACCUCUUGGGCUGGGGCGUGGCUGGCAAGGAUGCGCUUUUCCUGUACCUCCUCGCCCCGAUCUACUUCACUUUGGCAGUGCUCGUGGAUGUGGUGGCGCACUCGCCCUUGGCGGCCUACUCGCGUCACCUCGAUCCCACAGGAGGUGAAGUGCCCACCGAAGAGGAUGAGGACGUCGCCCGCGAGCGCCGGAGGGUGUCGGAGAGCGACGCGGACGUCGUCCGUCUGUUGAAACUGCGGAAGGAGCGCGACAUGCCCAACGUUCCGCACCAUCCGGACCAUGGCUCCGGAGAGGAGGACGAGGGACCUCACCACGUUGCAGUGGUCAGCGAUACGCAUGUGCUCAAGGAAGUCUAUGAAGAGAAUGUCCGGUACAGAGACAAGAUCUCGAAAUUGAUUCGGGACUACGACUUGCGCUUUGGAGGGAAGGCCGCAGAAAUCCAAGCAGCCUUGAAGGUGGAUCCAAACACCUUUACAGGGAAGCGCUUGGUCUUGCAUCGCUGGAUCUCCUGGUGGGGCUUUGACACGCUGAUCGGUGUGGUGAUCCUCGCGAACUCAGUCGUCAUCGGCUUUGAGUCCCAAGUUCGCGCAGAGAUGCCGUUGGGCUGCACGGGCGACUGUGACUGCGAGAAUCAGCUGGACCCCACGCUGACUUGCAACAAGAUCCCUCUUUGGAUCUUCCUGGCUGACUACGGCUUCUAUGCCGUCUACUUGACGGAGCUCGUUCUACGUCUCGGGAUCUACGGGGUCUUUGUGCUCAAGAGCCAUUGGGUCAAGUUCGACACAUUCCUCGUAGCCGCCUCAACAGUCGACAUCGUUGUGAACUUGGUCAGUAAGAGCGAGUUUUUGAAGCAGGUGAUGCUAGUGAGACUCCUGCGUUUGGCGCGAUUGGCGAGGGCCUUGCGCCUCAUGGUGCAGUUUCAGACGCUUUGGCAGUUGGUUCAAGGUCUCUUCCACAGCAUCGGCACGAUCAUGUGGACCUUCCUCCUCGUGACCUUGUUGAUGUACAUCUAUGCCGUCACGGGCAUGGAGCUUAUCAGAGUGGAGCCAGAUUUGGCGCUGGAUCAUCCGUACAAUGUUGCUGCCGGAGGGUCUUUCCGUGAUCUCAUGGACGCGAUCCUGACACUCCUGCAGGUGUUCAGUAUGGAUAGCAUUGGAUCCAUCUACCGACCGCUGAUCAAGCAGAACACCAUCUGUUUCAUCUACUUCUUCCUGGCCUUGCUGAUUCUCUCCAUUGCGUUGAUGAAUCUGGUCACGGCAGUGAUGGUCAACUCCUCCCUAGACCAGGCCAGUGAAGACAAAGAGGCAAAAAAAGCCUGGGAGGCAGCCAAGAGAGCUAAGCAGAUGGAGAAGCUGAAGGAGAUGUUCUUAGAGCUCGAUGAAGAUGGAUCUGGAGAGCUCAGCUUAGAUGAGUUGCUUGGUGCUCCCGAAGCGGUGCAGCACGAGCUGGGGGAGAUCGUUGGUGGAGGCGGCGAUCUGAC